GUCGGCGCCACGACAUGAAAGUGAGAGAGAGCGCCAUCUUUUUCGGCCGUUCCCGAACGCGACUAUGCUACCAUCUUUCUGUCGCCCUUCGCCAGUGAUGUCGCGACCUGCCACCAUACUCACGAGACAUUCGUCACCCGUUUCUGCGGUCUUUCGCCGUAGGAAUAAGCCAGGGAAUGCAAAUUUUCGAAGCACAUGCUCUGUGAGCACAAAAUACUACGGUGGAAGUUCGCAUCUGUCAGUGGACUUGCCUGUGACCCCUGUCUCACGAGGACCAGUCGAGACUGCUUGACACACCAAAACAAAGGUUGGAUUCCACGAUCCUACGACAUAAUGGUGACUCCACAGAGGUAAUGCUCCGCGCGUAAUAUAUGAUUACUGUUUUCACUUGUGUUCACCGCAAGGGCAAGCCUCUUUGGUGUUCAGCAGGCGCCCCCCUUUGUCUUCUCCAGAACUUGCUAGUGACUGCCCGGUAGUUUUAUACGUCGACUCCAUGUUCUCAUUCCGUAUUUCUGGUGGCACCUCCACACGAAAAAUCUUUUGUGCGGGAGUUCAUGUGAAGAUGACAGCCCAACAAAACCACCGAAGACCGCACACUCGGCAUGCGCUCGCAAGCGCGUUCGGUGUGUCGCCCUGGUGUCCCAGUCGUUGCGCAGCGUUAGUGGUAGCGUCAACGCUUUUUCCUUAUUUCCUGCGUGCUGUCUUUCCUAAUCGUCUGCCACUGCGUGAAUCGCUUCUCCUAUAUUUUGAUUAACUAUGUGAGCUUUGCAUCUGGGGGAAACAGGGCAACAGCGGAGCAGUAGGUCGUUUCUUUUUCUGGCUGGAAGGCUUUGGAAAAAGUCGAGAGCUCGAAGACCCAGCGACCAUUGUGACAUCGCAAACUUUUGGGGGCUUAGAUUUUUGAAUAACGCUGUCAUUCAGAUACAUCAUCUCUUUCUGACGGGAACGUCUCCCCUCUGCACCAACGUCUUGUCUGAUACGCUUGUUUUAGGAGCUGACGCCUCCCAAAGCCCCUAAAAUGAAUUGUCCGACACGAAAAAAAGCGUUUCCUUCCGCUGUCUAUACACGGGACUCCGUUUCGUCGAAAGGAACACGAGAGCCUAGUUACGCUGAUGUAUAAGGGAACAUUGACGAGACAACUCGGCAGAGAACUCUACCGCUCCAUGUCUCACACCGGAGCUUGUCUUUCAUCCUGACGCCUGUGAAGUGUGUCUUUGUCGGCUGUCGCAGACCUCAGACGCCGCUCUCGGGGCAAUUGAAAAUUCGUCUGCUUUUCGUGCCAGCCGUGGUUCGUCGGCUUUGAAUUGUCGGGGUGUGCAUACUUCCUAGUUCUCUGUUGCUCCCUUUUGUCACGCAACUAACGGACGAGGCCUGGAACAGACAGCUGUGAGGCCGAGGCGUUGCACCCCUCUUUCGCACUCCACCUAAAACCGAAUAACCUCUCUGUUGCUGAGUAUCUGCCAAGCUGUCCCUCAUUCGACAGGCACUUUCGACGGCAAAACCUAGGUCGGAGCAGAGAGAGGACCGCUCGAAAUCAGGCGAGCAUCGGAUACUGCCCGCUCGGGUUUAGAAAAGCCGCUCUGUCUUCUAGGGUAGUUCACGAGGCAUGUGUCUCAACGUACUCUCCAGAGAAGACGUGCUUCUUUCACUGUCACUUUUCCUCGUCUCCGUUUAGUGCAUUGUUUCUGCCGUCGUUUCUUUCGCUGCUGUGCCGCACAUUGAGCGCAUUAGUCCGGCGCCCAUCCCUCCAUGCAAAUUAUUUGUGUGCUUCCACAUUGUAUAUUCGUGUAUCCACAUCCUGCUUUGUUUGUAUUGUCAGGUUUCCGUUCCUCAAGCGUCUCUGUCGAUAAGGUCUCCAGUUUUCCAAAGUCUGCUCUGUCAAAUUCAUCGCAUCUGCGAAGUUGGCUUCAGCAGCACUCCGCAAAGAAAAGUUCUUGUCCUGUUUGUAAAGAAUGUCGCAGAGAAAGAGGAAAAGAACCUGAUGGUGCCUCUUGUGCUUGGGGAGGAUUUAGUGAGACACUGAUGUUCGCAAAUCAAGGUCGUUUUCAGAGCUAAGAUUCCGGGUCACUGACGUGCGAAAAGUAUUCCAUUGGUUUGCCGCCUCUGUUGUCGUCUUUGUUUGCAAAAACAAGGGCUCGAGCAAUCUGUCAUUCGUUUUCGUAUCUUCGUGUCUUUCCUGUAAACGCACUGACUGUGUUUUUCUGCCGCACUCAAGAUCUUGUCCCCUUCUCGCUUCGCGCUACCGUUCUGCCUCCCAUCUUCUCUGCGGCCUUGCACGAUAACGGAAGAAGUCUCCCCAUUCACCCCCUCGCCUUGUGUAUUUUGCGUAUUCUUGACUCUCUGCAUGAACUCCCGGAGUUUUCUUGGUCUACUUCUUCUCUUCCCCAGCUUUCUGCCUCCCCAACAGUCUCUCUAACUCAGUAGCUUCCCUCCACUUUCUCUGUUCCCUUGUCUGCUCUCGCCUCUCUCCUAUUUCAUUGUUUCAUCUGUUUCCCGUGUUCCUCUCCGUUUCACACCUGUCUUUUUGGGUCCUCUGUGUACCUCUGCCCACAAUGUCUUUCUCGCAAGCUUACAGUUCCGGAGCAUCUCUUCCACCGUAUGGCCAGAGCAGCGGCUCUGGUCUAGGCCAGUCUUACGCUGCGGGUUCCUCUGAGGCUGCGCGUCCGCCGUCGUACAAAACUGUGCUUCUAGGGGAUGCCUCGGUGGGGAAGUCGAGUCUCGUGGUACGUUUUGUGAAAAACACUUUUUCCGACACGAUGGAGACGACGAUCGGAGCUGCGUUCUUCACUCAGGCGCUCCAGGUUGACGGCCGAACAGUCAAGUUCGAAAUCUGGGACACGGCGGGUCAGGAGCGGUUCUCCUCUCUGGCUCCCAUGUACUACAGAGGGGCAGCAGCCGCCAUUGUGGUGUACGACCAGUCCAACAUGGCGAGCUUCGACCGCGCCCAAGUUUGGGUGCAGCAGCUCCAACUCAGCGGGAAUUCGAACAUCGUCAUUGCGCUUGCAGCCAACAAGAUGGACUUACCACACAAACAAGUCGACCUUCACCUCGGCCGCCAGUACGCGGAAGAGAACGGUCUCUUGUUCAUCGAGACCUCCGCGAAAACCGGCCAAAACGUCCAGCAACUCUUCUCCAUGAUCGCCAGACGCCUUCCCGAGAAACCCGUCGGCGCCCAGGGCCUAGGCGGAGGCGUCCAUACAAUCAAACUCACCGACGAACCCGCGGUCCAGAGGCAGGCAGGUGGACUCGCCAGCAAAUUCGCCUGUUGCGGCGGAAACAGUUGAAGAGGAGAGCUCGACGCGGCACGAACGGGGACGAGGAAGGCACCCAGCAAUCGAGAAACGGUCCCGGACGGAAGAAAGGGCUGAAUGCGCAGGGGCUACACGCACGCCAAGCGAGUCCACACAACCUGCUCGACACGUAUUUGCGUGGCUCCGCUGUUGGCCUCUGUGUCUUUCUCGUUCUUAUACAAGCUGGUGUAGCAGCUAGUUAGUCCUGUGCGCUCAACGGAUCCUGCUUCAUUAGGGUAGAGGAAGUUGGUGGAGCCCCACUGUGAGCUUGCGUUGUUGCUUUCUACCGCCCCGAUGAGCUAAUAGGGGAUUUGUCGAUAUGAAUGAUGACGGUGCAAUUAAAUCUUGAACGAACGACGCGAUUCGUAUGUUGUGUGUUAAUAGAAGAGUUUGAGGGGACCGUGCUCUCUGGUAGCUAAGCGCGAAUUGUCCUAGGUCGCAGCAGGCGUAGUGACGGUUUCACCUCAUUGUCCAUGUUCGACCCGACGUUAAUAAAUUUCAGCGAUCAAUCGUAUUUUAUAUAAGGAAGUGCGCCACUUUGGUACAGGCGUAAUCGGAACCAUGGAACCUGGAGUAAUAUUGUUUCUCCCAUG